GCUUCGGCUCGCCUCCUUGCCUCAGGACUCAGUUGAAGGAGGUAGAAGAAGAGCGACGUUACGUGUUUUUAUUCGGAAUUAAAUGUCCAAAAAACCCUCAAAGGAGUCUGUAUUAAACCACAGCGGCGAGUUUCACGUCAGCGAGAGAGAAGAAAGCGACCCAGCGACUUAAAACCGCCUUUUUUACUCUUGGACGAGCCAGUACCAAGAACCAGAGAUGAGUCAGUGGCUCGAGCUGCAGCAACUUGAUUCGAAGUUCCUGGAACAGGUGGACCAGCUCUAUGAUGACACCUUCCCUAUGGCCAUCCGUCAGUACCUGAGCAACUGGAUUGAGAGCCAUGACUGGGACCAUGUGGCCAAUGUGGAGAACGAGUCUCUGGCGACAGUGAGGUUCCAUGACCUUCUGACCCAGCUGGACCAUCAACACAGCCGUUUCGCAAUGGAGAAAGACUUCCUCAACCAGCACAACAUCCGCAAGAUCAAGCGCAACCUGCAGACCCUUUUCCAAGACAACCCUGUCUCCAUGGCAAUGAUCAUCAGCAAGAACCUGAGCGAAGAAAGAAAGAUUCUGGCAGCGGCCCAAAUCUCAGAGACCACAGCACAAAGUGCUCAGAGUGACAUGAUGAUUGAGAAACAGAGAGAGCUGGACAGCAAGGUGAAGGAAAUUAAGACCAAAGUACAGGAAACAGAACAGAACAUCAAAAAUCUGGAGGACUUGCAAGACGAGCACGAUUUCAAGAGCAAGACGCUGCAGAGUCAAGAGGAGCUGAACGGUACGAUAUCAAGAGAAGAGCUGAGUCGCGAGAAGCUCUACCUCAAAGCCAUGUUCAUGAAACUCCAUGACAUGAGAGGGGGUGUAGUGAGUCAGAUGUCAGAGGUGCUGAACCUUGUGGAGCAGCUGGAGUACGAGCUGAUCACCGUGGAGCUGUGUGAAUGGAAACGACGUCAGCAGAUGUCCUGCAUCGGCGGCCUCACCAACGUCUGCCUCGACCAGCUGCAGAACUGGUUCACGGCGGCGGGUGAGUGCCUGCUUCAGGUGCGUCAACAACUGAAGAAGCUUCUGGAGCUGGAACAGAAGUACUCAUACUCACAUGAUCCAAUUGCCCUCAGCAGGGGCACACUGGAGGAGAGGGCUUUAACGCUUCUCAAGACCCUCAUCACCAACUCCAUGGUGGUGGAGAGACAGCCUUGCAUGCCCACACAGCUGCAGAGGCCUCUAGUGCUGAAGACCGGAGUCCUGUUUACCCUCAAAGUCAGACUGCUGGUGAAACUUCAGGAAUUCAAUCACAUGGUCCGUGUAAAGGUGCACUUUGAUAAGGACGUGACGGAGGACAGAAAGGGUUUCCGGAAGUUCAACAUCCUAGGAACCGCCAUGAAGGUGAUGAACAUGGAGGAAUCGAUUGGGAUGGCUGCUGAAUUCCGACAUCUGCAACUGAAAGAGCGGAAGGUGGCUGGCAAUCGGACGAGCGAGGGCCCGCUGAUCGUCACUGAAGAGCUCCACUCUUUCACCUUUGAGGCGGAGCUCUGCUGGUCUGGACUGGUCAUCAAUUUUGAGACGACUUCUCUCCCCAUCGUGGUGAUCUCCAACGUCAGCCAGCUGCCGUGCGGCUGGGCCUCCAUCAUGUGGUACAACAUGCUGACAUCUGAGCCCAAGAAUCUGUCGUUCUUCGUGAGCCCUCCUUCGGUCAGUUGGGGUCAGCUGUCCGAGGUGCUGAGCUGGCAGUUUUCCUCCAUUACUAAGAGAGGCCUAAAUUCAGAGCAGCUGAGCAUGCUGGGACAUAAACUGCUGGGCCCGAAAGCAUCGAACGACCCGGAGGCUCAGGUUCCCUGGAAUAAAUUCUGCAAGGGCGGCAGUGAGAGAAACUUCACCUUCUGGCUGUGGAUCGAGGGAAUCCUGGACUUGAUAAAGAGGCACCUGCAGAGCCUGUGGGAUGAUGGGUGUAUUAUGGGUUUUGUGACGAAGGAACGAACAAAAGCCCUGCUGAGUAAUAAAGCUCCCGGAACGUUCCUGCUGCGUUUCAGUGAGAGCAACCGAGACGGCGCCAUCACCUUCAGCUGGGUUGAACACACUUUAAAUGAUGAGCCGCAGGUCCGCUCAGUAGAGCCCUACACUAAGAAAGAGCUUUCUGCAGUCUCGCUGCCCGACAUCCUGCGGAACUACAGAGUGAUGGCAGCGGAUAACGUUCCCGAGGACCCUCUGCGCUUCCUGCUUCCCGACACUCCUAAAGACGAAGCCUUCCAAAAAUACUACUCCAAACCUACUGACAAACACGAGCCGAUGGACGUGGAUAAGAAGCAAGACGAAGGCUACAUCAGAACAACUCUCAUCUCUGUCUCUGAAAUGAAAACAUCCGAGUUCAACGACAACAUCAUGCCCCUGUCUCCAGAGGUAUAUGGGGAACUAGAACGCAUUGUGACUCGAGAUCUGUCAGGGGGCAUCGGAGAGCUGUGCCGUGGCUUUUCCGAUGCCUGCUGAACGGAUGGAGGAGAGGCUCUCCCUGCGUUCACAGCGGUGAAAUGAUCACCUGACCUCCAGCCUUUCUUGUUAUUAACACCUUCAAAAAGAUGUUUUAGAAAAAUGUAUUGUUCAUUCGUUGAACACAGAUGCCAGACUACAGCACUGUAAAGUUUUAAGGACAGCCAAGGGAAUCAGGUUGACCUUAUUAUUAUAGCACCUACCUGACGCUGUACAAACAUUAGCACUUUUCCUCUCAAAUCUCCUCUACUGUCAUUCUUUCUGAAGCUUUCUUGUAGGAGGCAUAUUUGAUCAUUUGUGAAUUUGACUGUUCUGCCUUACUUCUAGAGGCAGAAAGCAGAGAGUUUUAGACAGUAAAAAUGUGCCAGUGGUGUUUUUGAUAUAACUCAAUUUCAGAAGAGCCUCGGGCUCAGUUUUCAACUGGGAAAGCAGAGGUUAUCGGAAUCUCAUGCCUUUUUUCUGUUUCUUUGCAUGUGUGUUGCUCAUUUUUUACAAUUACACUGACUGCUAAAGUCAGCAGCUUGUCGAGGACUAAAUAUUUGUGUCAGAAAA